AUGGCAGUGGUGGCAGCUGUGUUCCAGCUCUCUGGGCUGCUAGGUCGGUCCGGGGCACAGCUGGGGCAGUCCAUGUUGAGCGGUGCCCACAGCGAGGAGGGCUCAGCUCACAUAUGGAAGGCCCUCACCUACUUCAUAGCACUCCCCGGUGUGGGACUGAGCAUGCUGAACGGCUUCCUGAAGUCCCAUCAUGGAGAGCACGAAAGACUUGAGUUCAUCGCCUACCCCCAUCUCCACAUCAGGUCCAAGCCCUUUUCCUGGGGAGAUGGUAAUCAUACUCUAUUCCAUAACUCUCACGUGAAUCCACUUCCAACCAGAUAUGAAGAUGAAUAA